ACCGACCGGUACGAUUCGGUUUCCUGGACCAUGGUUUAAUGAUGAUUUUUCCAUUUUGAGCAGGUUGUGUGUUGUUUACAUUUAAGACUGCUUGUUAGUUGCCUGAAUUGACUUGUAGCUAUUGUUUUUAUUAGGGUUGAUUAAUGCUUGAAAUCAAAGAAGUAUUGAUGUUUUCUAGAUUUCAGGCAAUGGGGAGGAAGAAAAAGGUUCAAGGAGCCCCAUGUGAAGCUGUCAAAUCAGAGUACAACUCCUGGGAUACAACGCAUGAUGGUCCGUUUCUGGAAUGUUUGCUUGAACUUACUGAAAGGGGACUCAUCAACAAUGGGACUUGCAAAAACGGUGUGUUCAAAGAGUUGCAAAGGAUGAUGGAUACCAAAGUGCCAGGUUGUGGCCUUAAAGCAAAACCAACUAUCCAGAAUAGCUAUAAGAAACUCAAGCACUGGUACCAUUCGACCGUCUUGAUGAAGAAUCAGAGUGGUUUUGGAUGGGAUGCGGAGAAGGAGUGUGUUUCUGCAGAAAAGGCAGUGUGGGAUGUGUUCCUUGAGCAAAACCCAACCUGCAAAACCUACAAAGGAGCGUCUUUCCCACAAUUCUUUGAUCUUGCACCAGUUUUUGCUAAUGGGCGUUCCACCGGAUUCGCAGGAUUCUCAGAGGCUGCAGGUAACGACCCGGAAAUAAUAUCGGAAGGCGAUGAUAGUGGCACUGAGGAUGAUGAAGGCCCUCCUGUCCCUCUUGCUGAAAUUGUAAACCCUGCAGUUGAAGAAGAAAUGUUUAACAUCAUAAAUGAGGGGGUCGAGGACAAAAAUGUGAACAAGAAGAAGCGUCCUGCAAAUACUCCAAUGGGUGCACCACUUGAAAAGAAGAAGAAGAAGGUCCAGGGUGCACUGUCAGAUGAUACGGAUGCUGAACUUGGGUCUGAGAUGAAGUCACUGAGGCCCCUAAUCCAACAAUCUGUGGACACGAUCGCUAAAGCAAUGGGUGAGAGUGAGGAGCAUGAUAAUAUGCGGAAGGAGCUGAGGGGUAACUUGGACAAAUUAGAGGGCUUGACCCGAGUUCAAAGGGUGCUUGCAGUUAGGAUACUGAAUGCAAACCCAACAGACUUGAAGAGUUUCUACGAGAUGGACGAUGAGGACAGACUAACUCUUAUCCUCAGUCUCAUCUAACUGUAGAUGCCAUUGUAGGAUUAGUAUCUUAUUCAGUGUUGUCUAGUUUGCAAAGAUCUAUUUUGUAUCUGUCAUUCAGAAACACUUCAGAUGACAGACUUUGCAAAUUGGAGAAUAUAUGCUUUUGUAAAGUGCGCAUUAAUGGUGUAUAGUGCUGAAGUAGGAUGACAACAAGGAUUAGUUAUGAUGUGUAAAUCCCUUUUGUAAGCACUGAUAAAGUAAUAGCUUAGUG